AUGUCAGUGGUGGAGUAUGAACACAAGUUCAACGAGCUGUUGAGAUUUGCACCAGAGUUGGUGGCUAUUGAAGAUGAUAGGCGCCGUAGAGAUGUACCAGGGUUUGGUGGGCCGAGUCAGGGUCCAUCAAAGAGAGGAGGAUCUAGUUCUAGUUCUGCCAACGACAGAUGGUCAGGAGGACGUGGAUCUAGCUCUGGUAGUGGGAGAUCCGGUUUUCGUCCAGUAUGGACUCAGUAUACAGAGCAGCAGCCUGCCACUAGCACAGUUAGGACUCCUUCACAGCAGACUGGGUUGACAUGCUUUAGCUGUAGACAGGUGGGACACUUUGGGAAGGAUUGCCCUACUUCCAUUCAAAGGGGUAAACAAGGCCAAAGCAGCGACCCAACAUGUUACCUUUAUGGGCAGGUGGGGCAUAUUAAGAGGAGCUACCCAAUGAUAUACCCUAGUGAUACAGUAGUGCAGGGAACUGGAGCCUAG